GGAGAGCGAUGGAGGCUCCACAGGACAUACGCCGCCCUUCGCCGACGGUGCGCAAACGAUGACAUCAUUCAGACCGCGUCCCUUCGUUCUUGCGUGUACCUGUAUUGCACGGUUCCAGGAGGUGGCGCUCUCACCAUGGAGGAGAGCGAGAGAAAGCGUCCCAUUAUUGCGGCCCGAGAGAGGGGACCUGGACCCGGCCGUUACGCCCUCCCACCCACCAUUGGUUACGUCGGCCAUGACUACACCAAGCCCAGCAGCCCCGCCUACUCCUUCCACCGUCGGAUGAGCAGCAAGUUGUACGCGGUGGACUCCAGCCCCGGCCCGCGGUACUCGAUCGACGCGAAGCUGACCCGCUUCGGACGGGACGGCACCCCCGCCUACUCGAUCCAGGGCAGAGUGAAGAGCUCAUCUGGCGUUUUUCAGACCCCAGGACCGGGGGCCUACAGUCCGGAAGCGGCCCCCCCCCUCAACAGCCACCGGCGGCCGCCGUCCUACUCCAUGGGGUCGCGCACCAGCUACCGCACCACCGACCCGGUGCCCUCGCCCAACCGCUACACCCUGCCGGCGGUGCUGGGCUCCCACGUGCCCACCAAGCCCGCCAGCGCCAGCUACAGCAUGUCGGCCCGCCACCGGACGGGCGGCCCGGCGGCGGGCCGGGCCCUGACCCCGGGGCCCGGGCGCUACAACAGCACGGACCCCAACGUGUACCUGCCGCGGCGCCCCGCCUUCUCCAUCCUGGGGCGCUACACCGUGCCCAGCGACGCCACACGGAAGCCGGGGCCCGGCACGCACGACGCCGAGAAGGUGGUGGCGCACAUGCCCCGCCCGCCGUCCUUCUCGCUCGGCGUCCGCCACUCCGAGUUCGUCACGCCGCUGGUGGUGGGCGUGCCGGACCGAGCCUGAGAGAACGGGCCCGUCCUGCAGGAACUUUUUAAACGUGGCCACGCCCCCCCCCUCCCCCCCUUCUCUGUCGCAAUGCGUCGAGGGCGGGGCAGUACACAGGCUCUGGAACUGGGUUUGCAACUUUGAGGUUGCAGGUUUAAACCCCAGGUGGGGGCAAUGCUGUUGUAACUUAAUUAGAAUGACACGCUUCCAAGUGCUCAGCUGGAUGAAUGGUGGUCUGCGUCUUUGAAGGGGGGUAAGGAUGGAGAGUUGCUCAGUAGAACAGGGUGUACUAAAACCCAAAAUGUUGGCUGGAGACCCAGCUCCCCCUCCCCAAUUGGGGGGGGGAUAAACGGGUUGACUAUUAAUGCUCUGAAACAAAUGACAAAGCUGAGACAGAGAAAGGUUACUUCCUACCUACUAUAAGAGACUACAAAAAAUGUUCUGGAACCAUUGGGUAGACCAUCCACAACACCAAAUUAUGAAUGUGUCUGUUUGGGGGGGGGGAGGGGAAGAAUUACCAUUCAUUUUAAGAAACUGAAUAAACGUUCAGAAAAAUUA